UGCUGUUUAUGUUUUUAUGCCUUACAGUCACAUUUAUCAGAUUAGCGCUGGUCGAUAAUAUAGUUUAUAUUUUGCAAGGAUAUAAUCAAUCAGCCCUGGUGUGUUUGUGGAUGAAGGGGGAUAUUCUUACAUAACUUUAUAUAAAGAGCUGGACGAUAAUUUAGUUGUAAUUUGCCACAAAACCAAUUAAAGGUUUUCAAAACCAGAUGAAACCAACAUGAAUCCACAUGAAGAGUACUUGGAGGAUGGUACUGGUGAAAGAUUCAUGAUGGACACUGGUGUUUGUGAUUGAUUCAGUGACUAACGGCUGAAAUCUGUCUCAGUUGCAGCAGAAGAGCUGCUCCUAUGCUCCCGACCAGAGAAACCUGCAGACACUUUACUGUCAGAGUCCUUCAGAGAACGACGUCAGCGCCAGAGGAUCCACCAAAGCCAAGAGCGCCGGCAUACAGCAGAAAGAGUCUCUGUGUCUCUCUCCGCAGCACGAGGAGUCUCUCUCUCCCACAUCCAGCAGCUCUAUCUUCUGUAGCUCAGAUCCUGUCUCCGGCAGCAGAGGUCCGCCGCGUUACGAGGAUGCUCUGAAACAGCAGAUGUCACGCAGCCAGCAGAUGGAUGAGAUUCUAGACGUCCUCAUCGAGAGCGGAGUUUCUCCUAAGUUCCCCCGACGCUACAGUCACGUGUCUCCCUCCACGCUGUGCUACGAUCACGGAGACGCUCCUCUGGAGGUCACCGCCGAGGGUCGCGGCCUGGGAAUGACCUUUGGGGAGUCGCCGUGGGAGACGAUGGAGUGGCUGGAUCUAACUCCGCCCAGCUCCUCCCACACCUUCCACAGCGGCCCGCCUCCAUCUGGACCGAGCAUCUUCAACACCGAGUUCCUGGACGUGACCGACAUCGGCCUGAACCUGGAGCACUGGUGAAGAGAAACAUCAGAGCUCCAGCGUUAUCAUCUUCCAUCAAAACCACUGUCGAUUCUGGGAAGCAAUGUUUUGAUUACUGGAAACAGAAAUGAAUUGGGUUCAGACACAUGAACAUGUUUAGUUGUCUGCAAACGUGUGGCGUGGGAAAGCACGUAUUAAUGCGUCACACAGGUAUAUCACGUGCACUCUCUUGUAAAUAUGAG